AUUGCCUCAGCUUAUCCGAAACACACGGCUACUAUGCUGUGCACGCCUGAACCCAUGGAAAACCGAAGAAGAUUACACCAAGGUGGAAAGACUCGAUCGGCCAUGGCAUUGCAGCUCGCCAUCCAAUCGCUCCACACAAGCCUCUCCCGCUACCCUCUUAACAAACCCACCACCAAGCCGCGGAGCACUGGCCACCAGCAACCGCAGGAACCAGCCGCCACGACCAGCAGCAGAAGGAGCCUCGCGACGGCGGCGGUGGCGCUCAUUGUAUCCAAUCUGCUGCCGCCCACGACGGGCGCCGCCGGCGCGCUUGACCUCGACCUUCGGAUCACCAUCCCGGAGCAGUCGAGCGAGGAGGCCGAGGCCAACGUGAGGACCCACGCGAGGAACCUGGUGCGCGUCAAGGAGUACAUCGACGCCCGGUCGUGGCGUGAGCUGCAGGCGGCGCUGCGGGCCAGCGCCUCCAACCUCAAGCAGGACCUGUACGCCAUCAUCCAGGCGAAGCCGGGGAGCCAGCGCCCCGAGCUCCGGAGGCUCUACUCCGAACUCUUCAACAGCGUCACCAGACUGGACUAUGCGGCAAGAGACAAGGAUGAGGUUCAAGUAAAGGAAUGCUACGGCAACAUUGUGGCCGCCAUUGACCAGAUUUUUGCCAGAAUCAUGUAGUUCUUGCACUGGUGAGAUUGGAUAACAUUACUAGAUAUCUGGACUUACGUUUACAUACAGGGAGAAGAAGUAAAUAGUGACCGGCAAAAAGGCUUUUCUUUUGCUAUGUAGCUAGUUCUUAUUGGCUUCCUGUGCUACAUUUUCUAUUUACUCUACUCUCUCUGGAGGAGAAAUCCAAAAAAAGAUUCAAUA